AUGUCAAAACCACAGAAUAUUAAGAACAUCUCAGAAAGAAGACGAUCUAUAGCAUUAUUAACAAGACCAACAAGUUUAUCUCAAUCUCCAUUUGCAUUAACUAAUAAUUCUCCAAGAGGUUCAGUUUCGAAUUCUUAUAUUUCAAAUUCACAAUUUUUACGUGGUGGGGGUCUUGAUAAUAUAAAUAAUAAUUAUUAUGACGAUUCAAUAAAUGGUGAAUGUUCCAUAAAUGAUCAAGAAUCAUCUGAAAUUAAUACAAAUUUAAAUGAAAAUGAAAAUAUUGAUUUAUCUAAUGGUAUUGAUAAUCCAGAAUUAAUCAAGAAAAUUGCAAAACAUUUGCCAACAGAUUUUGAUUCAUUAAAUCAGGAAGGUGCAGAUAUAACAAGAGAUUUAUACAAGAUCAAAGAAGAUGCGCAAAGAAGACCAAACUUGAAAAAAUCAAAAAGUUGUGAUUCUUUAGGCUCCAAUUCUGUCAGAUCAAGAGCUUCUUCAUUCAAUGUUCCGGGAGGAUUUCGUCGUGAAUUCUUAUUGAGUCAGCAAAAUAACCCAAAUAUUGAAUCAUUACGUACAACUACUCCGAAUUUCUUGACUAAAAAUUUUAUUGAGUUUUUAAGCAUCUAUGGACAUUUCGCAGGUGAACAAUUAGAAGAUGAUGAGAAUAUCACAAACCACUAUAAAUAUUUAUUACCUUCAGAAGAUGUUGGGGAACAAGAACCAUUGAUUGCGAGGGAUAAUUUCAACCCUAGAGGUACAGCAACAGAUAGGAAAGCAUAUUUUUUAUUAUUAAAAGCAUUUGUUGGAACUGGGGUGCUUUUCCUUCCCAGAGCAUUUGCUAAUGGUGGAUUAAUAUUUUCUAUUGGUGUAUUGGCAUUUUUUGCAUUGCUUUCAUGGUGGUGUUAUUCUAUUCUUGUAUAUACCAAAAUGGCAACUAGAGUAUCAAGUUUUGCUGAAAUUGGUAUGAAAUUAUACGGUCCAUGGUUGCAAAGACUUAUCUUAUCUUCGAUUGUUAUUUCACAAAUUGGAUUUGCAGCGGCUUACAUUGUUUUCACCCUGGAGAAUCUUCGUGCUUUCCUUGUGAAUGUAACUAAUUUUGAAAGUUCAGAUUUAAAUAUCUUGUGGUUUAUUAUACUACAAGUUUUAAUAAUUAUUCCAUUGUCUUUAAUUCGUGAUAUUACUAAAUUAUCCUUACUGGCUUUAUUGGCAAAUAUUUUCAUAUUCACAGGAAUCAUCACUAUCUUAUAUUUCAUGUUCUAUCAAUGGUUAGAUAUUGAUCAAGGACAUUUUGGGGAUAAUAUUGAAUAUUAUUUUAAUGAAUCUGGAUUUGCUUUAUUUAUUGGUACUGCUAUAUUUGCAUUUGAAGGUAUUGGAUUGAUUAUUCCAAUUCAAGAAUCAAUGAUUCAUCCAAAUAAUUUCACUAAAGUUUUAGGUCAAGUCGUAUUCACCAUUGGAGUAAUUAUGAUUACUGUUGGAAGUUUAGGAUAUUUAACUUUUGGUGAAAAUGUUAAAACUGUUAUAUUAUUAAACCUUCCUCAAGAUUCAAUUAUGGUUAUUAUGACUCAAUUAUUAUACUCAUUAGCUAUUUUAUUAUCCACACCAUUACAGUUAUUCCCAGCUAUUAGAUUACUUGAAUCGAAAUUAAUAUUUGGUAGUGGUAAGAGCUCACCAGGGAUUAAAUGGUUAAAGAAUUUAUUUAGAGCAGUAUUUGUUUUAUUUAUUGCUUAUGUUGCAUUUAUUGGUGGUCAAAAUUUAGACAAAUUUGUUUCAUUUGUUGGAUGUUUUGCAUGCAUUCCAUUGGUUUAUAUGUAUCCACCAAUAUUACAUCUUAAAAGUUGUUGUAAGAUUCAUGAUGGUUUACUGGAGAAAGAAAAAUCAACAAGAUAUUGGUUAGCAGUCUUGGAUUAUAUCUUGUUGAUUAUCGGUGGUGUUGCAUUUGUUUAUACAACUGCUCAAAUCAUCAUUAAUUAG